CUUGAAAUUCAUUUACUGAGCGAAUAAAAAGUAAAUUUAUUUAUGUUGAUUUAUCAUCCUCACCAGUCAUCAAUUAUAUCUAAUUCGGUACGUAUGUGAAUUGAAAUUGAGACAUGGAAAGUACAGCUAAAGAUGAAAAUUCCAAUACCUGCAACAACAUGGAGAAAUGUUAUGAAAACUAUAUUUUGAUUGAUAUUGGAGCAAAUUUAACUAAUAAAAAAUACUCCAGAGACUUGGAUGCUGUUAUACAAAGAGCAAAAGAUUCAGGUGUUCAGAAAAUUAUGGUGACUGGUACAUCAGUGAAAGCAAGUAAAGAGGCUUUAAGAUUGACAAGAAUAUACCCUGAAACACUUUACUCAACCGCAGGUAUUCACCCUCAUGAUGCCAAAUCUUAUGAUGAAGACGAAUGGCAAGAUUUGAAAAAUAUUGCAUCUAGUCCAGAAUGUGUGGCUAUAGGAGAAUGUGGCCUCGAUUUCAACAGGAAUUUUUCAGAGCCAGAAAUACAGAAAGAUGUCUUCAGGAAACAUAUCGAAUUAGCGAUAGAACUUAAUAAACCUCUAUUUAUUCACGAGAGAGAUGCCUAUGAGGAUUUACUUAAAAUAUUAGAUGAAUAUACUGGAAAAUUGCCGCCAAUUGUGAUACAUUGUUUUACUGGAACUGACGAACAAGCACUGGGAUAUUUGAGUAAAGAUUUUUACAUUGGAUUAACAGGCUACCUUUGUAAAGAUAAAUCAGACAGUGGUGUGAGGAAAUUACUUUCAGAAGGUGGUAUUCCUUUGGAUAGGUUAUUGGUAGAAACCGAUGCCCCCUUUAUGUAUCCGAACAUAAGGGCCUCAAAAUUACCGGCACAUGUCAAGGAAAGUUUGACGGAGAGAUCAUCAACAUUUCUGAAUCGUUACUGCACCUUUCAGAGGAAUGAACCAUGUUCAUUACCAGUUAUCGUUGAGAUGAUAGCGGCCUUCAUGAAAAAACGCCCAGAGGAUGUAGCCCUAUCUACAUCAUUCAACGCACUAAAGCUUUUCGGUUUAUCUCAAUAGCAUAAGUUCAUCAUAUCCGAGAAUAAUUACAGGGAAUUUGAGAUUUUUUCAGUGGGUUAGAUUUAAAUUCAAAUCAGAUAUCUAUCCUGUUCCUGGAAGACAGAGCUCAGAUAUUAAGAGGAUUAUUAAUUUUUGAGUGGUGCUCUUCUGAAAUACGCCUCUUGCCUUACUUGUGUAAUAUAUGACAAUAUAUUUUUGUAAUUUAUAAAGUAUUCUCAUAUACAACUAUUUAUUUCAGGAAUACAUUUAUACAAAACUGAAUAAGGCCGCGGUCACACUGUAUCUAAAAAAGGAUAUUUGUAUCCUGUGAGCAGCUAGUAUAGUAAUUUACAAGUUACACUGAUCUCUCAAUAAUUUUCAAAAUAGAAUCGAACAAGUCAGAAGUAAUUUUUGCUGGUUCGAUAUAAAAUAUUUCUGAUUAUUCAAUUCAUUUAUUAUUUCGGAUUAAUAUAUCUUCCUUCAAAAUCAUUAUGAAUUAAAUUGACAGAGUGUGACCAAGACCUGAGAUUAUAUGUAUUAUUGGUACUCAAUUUUGAAUUAGGUAUAUGAAGUUGAAAAUUCCUUGCAGUAAAAAAUUCAAAAAAUUAUUAUAAAAGUAAUUGGUUUCUACAAGAAAUCCAGUUGUCCAUUGUUCACAAACAAAAUCUUAAAAUUAAUUUUUCCCAAAAGAAGGAAUCACAAAAAAAUACUUGUUUCGUUGAUCACAAUAAAUGACUUUAAAUUUAUCGAGUUGAUAUUUCAUUACCAACGAAUUUAUAGAUACACAUUUUUGGAAAUUUAAUUAAAAAUUUGUGAAAGUUGAUAUUCUGUGAAUACGAUACAAAUUUAUGUCCAGAGUGGAUAAAAUUCUGUUCUUCCUGAACUAUGUCAUUUUGUGGAAAUCUCACUAUAAAAAUAAAAUUUGAAGCAAAAAUUUUCUUGGUGAAGAAAUCAACACUUGGACUGAUGCACAAAUUUUUUUCAAUUGAUAAUUGUCAUGAGCAUUCAGAAUAUCAUUCUUGCAUCAAAUUUUAAUCUUCAUUCGUCUAUUUGAUGAAUAUUAAUUGCCAGUUUGUUAGCAUAUAUAGAAAUGAGAAAGUAUCAUAUUCAAUUUAAUAUGAUCGAGUGACUGUCAAAUCGUUGAUACGACAAUUUUUUUUCUAAAAUCCACCCAUAAGAUAAGAAUUGGAUAAUAUCAAUUUACUUUUCAUUGGAACAAAAAUAUUUGAAGGAAUUUUCAACAGCAAUAUGUUAUUUUUUGUGAUAGAUUCUAAAUCUUUGUUGCAAUUUCGACAAUUUAAUUUUGACUGAUAUUUAGGCUGCUUUCUUUGCAAUUUUGUUCCUAUAUUAUUUUGCCUGUUUAUAGUUCAUAUUCUAUUUAUCGUUCAAACAAAUCUUUGUAUGCAGGUGUCUUAUUUUUCAUACAGUAAAACCUAUUUGUCCUAUUAUAAAAGUAUAUUUGAAAAUUUAUCAAAUGUUAUAGCAAGUUUCAAUCCAAUUGGAAUUUGCGUUAUCAAAAACUUUUUAGAAUAAACAAUCUCUCAGAGUA